AUGGGAGAACGGAGGACCAGUUGGGAAGGUGACUCAGAUAGUGAACCUGACCUCUUUGAUAGAUACGAAACGUUCAAGAUAGUAAAGGUUCAAGACCAAAGGCUCGGUAUUCUGUAUCGUCUGUUUCAAUUGGGGAUCUUCGUAUAUAUACUAUAUACAAUAAUUGCUGAUGAGGGAUAUCUUCGUAAGGAACCCCCAGUCAACGGAGCAGUCAGAAUAUCUCUUCAGGCUCCAUCGACACUGUCGGCUCCUCCAUACUGUAACAACCCUCUCCCAUGUAUCUACUGGGGCGCAAAUGAGAUCCAAUUUCCAUCGGACGGAGCCGGUGUAGCCUUUGUAACGACCCGUGCGUCAGUUAAACGCUACCCUCCCCCAACCGGCUGCAAUUUUCUGUCCCCAUCCUCUCCAACCGAUCCUUGCAUCUUUGAUGCAAAAACAACACCAUUCGACUUUAUUGCCAACAAAUCAUACAUCGGUGACAUUGAAAACUACACCUUAAUGAUCGAACAUUCUAUCCGAGGCCAAACGACAUCUAUUGCAGUUCGCAACGGUAUAAUGGAUGGAAAACUCAUGUCGGCAGAUGGAAAAACCGUCAUCAAGGAAUGGACUAAUGCAACAAGAAUGGCUGAAAACUCCGAAGCAGAUGGAGAUAUCGUUACAGUAAGCGAUUUGUUACAGGCUGCCGGUGCUAAUUUGGAGGCGCCAUCAACUGCUCCCGGUGCUGCUCCAGGAGAAACAUACAGAUCGUCUGGUAUCGUGAUUGUGAUUGUGAUUGAAUACACGAACGUCCCAUUCAAAAAGGACGAGCUGUCUUACAAAUAUCUUCCUCAAGUGAUUGAUGGAAACGAAUACAAAACCGUCGAGAAUUUGUACCAAUCAGAUGGAUCGUACAUUUUAAAAGAUCGACAUGGUAUUCGGUUCGUAUUUCAACAACAUGGGCAGAUUGGUGAAUUCAAUAUGAUUGCAUUACUCCAAAACAUUGUUGCUGGGUUUGCUCUAUUCGGAUUGGCUGCCAUCAUAGUCGAAUUCCUCAUGUUGAAGCUCUUGCCCGAGAAACAGUUGUAUGAAGAGGCCAAGUUUGAAGCGACAGAUGACAUUGACCAAAUGAGAAAAAACAAAUCCCAUAAGCUUGACGACGACGAAGAAAGUAAAUAA